GGGACCUGCAGUGAUUGGCUCAACCAGAUCACCUCAUGGAAAAAAAAAUUCCAAUAUCCGCCCCUAAAUUUGAAUACAGUCAGUGUAUAUUUUUCGUGGAAGGAGGUGGUGUAGACAAGAAGUAAAGCAGUUCUAUAUCCUUACUGCUCUGCAAUGUGAUUUCAUACAUGCGCUGACCUGAAACGCUUACUGGAUAAAAUCUUAAAAAUAUGUGUACAUGAGUGAAAAUCUUUACCCCAAAUCAACCAACAUAAACCUUCUGUGAAGUUUUGAAGAGGUUGCAGCAAUGGAUUGCACGUUUGAAGAUAUGUUGCAGCUGAUUAACAAUCAGGAUGGAGAGUUCCCUGGGUUGUUUGACAACCACUUUGGCACUAGCACCCCUCUGCAAGAUAAUAGUUCAUCAGUCCUGCCUAACCAAGGAUCACUGAACAUGUCCCUUGAUAGCCUCUUGGGGAAUAGUGGGAAGACACAAACCCCUGCGAAAAUGUACCAGGGGCCUCCGCUCCAACAGCAGCUUCAACAUUCGCAGCAGUCACAACUCCUUCAGGCCCCUUCUACACAACAUGUCAAACAAGAGGCUGUUCAGUUGCAACAGGGCCAACAACAGCAGCCUCUCAUGAUGGCACAGAGUUUUGCAGCUUCUCCACAAUCACAGCCACAGUUUGUGCAGCAGCAACAGCAGCCUUUACUGGGGUAUCAGAACUCCAAUGGAUUUACAGCACUACAGCAGGGGAUACCUACCCAGCAGCUUCAGGGACUUGCAGUUCCUCAGCAGAUGCAGCCCAUGACCAUUCAGGCCCAGGUACAGAAUAUUUCUGCCCAGCAUCUUCUAACGACUGCAACAGCCAGUUCUACUCCAACUGUAUCAGCACAGCUCCAGCAAGUACCAGUUCUUUUCCAGCCUCAGUUCAUUAAAGCUGACUCAUUGCUUCUGACGGCUUUGAAGCCAGAUGGAUGUACUGUUGUGACAUCAGUAAAGUCUUCUACCAUAUCAACUUUGCCAACAACCACUACUCCCAUUCAAACUACAUCCCUGCAAAUGCCGGCUCUGGUAAGUGGGAACACAAUCCUGACCACAGUCCCUCUGAUGGUAGAUACAGACAAACUUCCCAUCAAUCGUAUGCCUGCAAGUGGCAGAUCUUGCAAUGCAUCAAACAAAGGGGAAAAACGCACAGCACAUAAUGCUAUUGAGAAACGUUACAGGUCAUCCAUUAAUGACAAGAUUGUGGAGCUCAAAGACCUUGUUGUUGGCACUGAAGGAAAGUUGAACAAGUCAGCAAUACUGAGGAAGGCUGUUGAUUAUAUCCGCUUCUUGCAACAAGCCAAUCAGAAGCUGAAGCAGGAGAACAUGGUCUUAAGAAUGGCAUCCCAGAAGAACCAGUCUCUGAAAGACAUUGUGGCUUCCACUGGAAUAGGUCUGGAUACAAUGUCGCAUGGGUUCAAGCAAGAACCUGAUCUGCUCAGCCCACCGCCAUCUGAUGCCGGUUCACCGCCUCAGAACAGCCCGUUCUCUGUCAGCAGCAGUGAUUCUGAGACAGACAGUCCCUUUUUUGAUGAUACCAAGAUGUCUGUUAAACAAGAGCAAACACUGCCAACCAGUGUUGGCAUGUUGGAUCGAUCCAGGAUGGUACUUUGUACCUUUGUAUUCCUCUGCCUCUCCUUUAACCCUCUGGCAUCAUUGAUGGGUGGAUCGGACAUCAGGUUGGUGGAGAAUGGAGAAUACCACGGAGCAGGCAGAAGCAUGUUGGGAUUUUCUGUAGAAGCUUCUUCCAGCUGGUUUUCCUGGGUCUGGCCAACACUGAUCCUUUGGUUAAUUAAUGGAAUAAUUGUCCUGAUCGUAUUCAUUAAGAUCUUUGUAUACGGUGAGCCAGUCACUCGGCUGCACUCUGAAUCAUCUGUCCUGUUUUGGAGGCACCGCAAGCAGGCUGAUCUGGACCUAGCGAGGGGUGAUUUUGCACAGGCUUCCCAGAACCUCUGGAUUUGUUUGAAAGCACUGGGGCGCCCUCUGCCAACUUCCAAUUUAGAUUUUGCCUGCAGCCUGAUGUGGAACAUCAUCCGGCAUAUCCUGCAGCGACUCUGGAUCGGGCGCUGGUUUGCAGCACAAGCUGGUGGUUUCAGGCAGAACCAAGAGCUGAAGGAUGACAUGAGGAAGUGCACUCGGGAGGCUGCGUUGGUCUAUCACAAGCUGCAGCAGCUUCACAUGACUGGCAAAUUGGGUGGCAGCUACCUAUCUGCAAUUAACAUGGCACUGAGUGCAGUAAACCUUGGUGAAUGUGCUGGAGAUGCCAUCUCUGUUGCCACUAUGGCAGAGAUGUAUGUGGCAGCGGCAAUCCGCAUUAAAAUCAGUCUGCACAGAAGACUCCAUUUCAUGACUCGUGUCUUCCUGAGCAGUGCCAGGCAGAUCUGUCUGUCACAGAGCGGAACUAUACCACCUGCAAUGAAAUGGCUGUGCCACCCUCAGGGCCACAGAUUCUUUGUUGAUGAAGAUUGGACUGUCAAAAGCACCCCCAAAGACAGCAUUUAUAGUGUUACUGGGAACCCAGUUGAUCCAUUGGCUCAGGUAACUCAGGCUUUCCGAGAACACCUGCUGGAAAAGGCAUUAUAUUGCAUCGCCAAACCGGAAAACAGCAAGCCAGUGACUGGGGAGGGAGUAGAGUUCUCAGAUGCUCUUGAGUAUUUACAACUGCUGAAUAGUUGCUCUGAUGCUGCUGCAAUCACCACGCAAACCUUCGCUAUUGGCUCAAGUAUGGCAACUGUCACAGGUACUGAUCCAGUCGCAAAGUGGUGGGCUUCCAUGAUUGUUGUUGCCAUCAACUGGUUGCAAGGUGAUGAUGAUGCAGCAGAACGUCUGUAUCCUGUGGUGGAAUGCAUGCCAAAGCCUCUGCAUGCAACAGAGAGCCAAUUGCCAAGAGCAGCGCUGUUUGCAUUCAAGGCUGUGCGUGCCAUAUUGGGUAAGCAGGACGGCAGCCAGAUGAGCCUCUUGCACUGUGAAAAGGCCAGUGGGUACCUGAGGGACAGUCUCAAUAUGGCAUCCUCCACCAGCAACAGCAUUGAUAAGGCAGUGCAGCUGUUGCUGUGUGAUCUCCUGCUCGUCACCAGGACCAGUGUAUGGCAGCAACAGUUCACUGGGAGUCAGCUCACGAGUGGCAUGCAUCAGGCAUCCCCACUCGAGCUGAGAGGCUUUCAGCAGGACUUGAGCAGUCUCAGGAAGCUAUCCCAGACUUUCAGACCUGCCCUCCGUAGGGUGUUCCUGCAUGAAGCAACAGCCAGGUUAAUGGCAGGAGCCAGUCCAACCCGUACUCACCAGCUAUUAGAUCGUAGUCUCAGGAGGCGGGUCACAAACCCAAUGCCCAAAGGUGGUGAGACUGAAACACACCCUGGCCGGCGGGAGCAUGCUGAAGCUCUCCUACUGGCAUGUCGCUAUCUUCCACCGAGCUUCCUGUCUGCACCAGGCCAGCGAGUCGGCAUGCUGGCUGAGGCAGCCCACACACUGGAAAAGAUUGGCGACAAAAGGACUCUUCAUGACUGCCAGCAGAUGAUCAUGAAACUGGGCAGUGGCACCACAGUCACCACAAGUUAAAGUGGUAGUACUUUUUAAGAAAGGCCUCGCCUAUACCCUGAAAGCACUGUGACUGUAUAGUGUACGUGCCCCUGAUGAAGCAGCACUGCCCUUUUAAUUUCAUAUUAAAAUAAUAAUUUGGUAAAAUAAAUAUCAUAUUUUCAUAGGUUAAAGAGUCUGUACAUAAAAAUAUUUAUAAUUUUUUAAGGUCAAAAGUUGGGAUGCAGCAAAUUCAUUUUUUGUAGAAUUAAAAGUACUUGUCUGUCUAGAAGCUUAGCUUCCUCUAUAAUACUGCACCAGUGACAAAGCCAUUCUGGGCUAUAUUCUGUGCAAUAUACUUUUAUAUAAUUAAAAUAACCCAAAUGAAAGUAUACAAUGCAGUUUAUCUUUGUCCACACUAAAUUGUUUGCAUGUACCAGCACAAUAUUUUUCAGGGCACUCCAGAUUUUUUUCCUUUGUUCAGUCGCUUGGAGAGAUGGGAUGCUUUGAGAAUAUGUUUUCCUUGUCUGUUGGGUCUGUGCCACAAAUGAUUUGGAAAAGUGAUUGUACUGAGGGAAUUCUAGAGAGCUGUAGCUUAAAUUUUUCAACAAGGCUUUAACCUGAGAUUCUGAUCGAGCAGAGUCAGAGACGCAAAGGGAAGAUGGUUACAACCUCACAAUAUCCUCACCUAUACUGUUUUGGUAAAUUCGGUUAUACUCCUGUGAAUGAGAGGAUCUGUAUCAUUUGAAGGAGACUCUUGUCAUACUUCUUACUCUAAUGGUUAUUGUACAAACUGUCUGAAGUUAAACUAUUAUUAAUUUAUCAGCUAAUCAAAUGUGCCCAGCAGUCUCCUCUGGAAUUGAAUGCAGCUGCUGGCCAGUUACCUCAUUGGAGUAACCCGAGGGAGGCUACGGCUCAUUUGGUUGAAUACCCUCUUUCUGUACUGUGUGCCACAUUGAUCAUUGAAGUGGAAAACAUAUGGUAGUUUAGGAAAAGAACAAAUUUAUUCCAACAUGAGCUUGGUUGAACAAAAUGUACAAACUCAACUUGCCUACUUUUGUAAGGUAAUCCCACACCUAUGUUAUUCUCUUGCAUCUCUCAGUUUUGUAAAUUUACAUCUGUAUUAACAAUUCCCUUAAGUGUUUUAAAAAGUUGGAUCACAUCUCUCUUUAAUUUGUCUCUCCCACAAGAUUGGACUUGGUCUUUCCAUUGCUGAAUGAAUGAAACCUGUCUACUGUUUGAUGCCUUUUCACAGCCUCUGUCUUGCUGCACACAUCUUUUUAAGCAGAAUUGACAAUGAAGAAUUAAUGUUGUACAAAGUACUGUA